UCGGCGGCGGCGACCUGUCAGCCGCCGCCCGGACCCCCGUCCGCAGGGCACCGGCCACUGCCGCCCUCCGAUUGGCUGGCGACAGGCCGGGCCCGCGGAAGGGUUAGGCGGUGGGACUGGGACCGGAAGCGGGGCGCCGCCGGGGCCGAGGAGCCGGAACCGAGAGACGGAGCGUGGGUUCCCCGGCCGGAGGGAGCGGCGGCGGCGGCGGCGGCGGCGGCGGAUGCCUGGGGUGACCCAAGGCUUAGACUUGGAACCUCCACCGUCCCAGAUACAUCGGCACGGAGGGGAGAUCAUGGCCAAGAUUCAGGCCCAUCUUCAGCAGAUGAACCAUCAAAUCCAGGCUCAGACCUUUGCAGUGCAGAAACAGGCACAGCAACAACAGUUCCAGAGGCUCAAGUGUGCUUUUCAGGUUGAAGAUGCCUUGUCAUACCUGGACCAGGUUAAGAUGCAGUUCGGGAACAACCCGGCCGUUUACAAUGAGUUCCUUGACAUCAUGAAGGAAUUUAAAUCUCAAAGCAUCGACACACCUGGUGUAAUUGACAGGGUUUCCCGGCUUUUCCAGGGACAUCCCGACCUUAUUCUGGGAUUCAAUGCCUUCCUGCCACCGGGAUACAGAAUAGAGAUUCAGAAGAACAAGGCAGUGAGUGUCCAUGGACCCACCCCGGCUGAGACUCAGGUGCUGUCGGAGGCAGCGCGUGAGCGUGCAGCUGCCGCGCCCACCAAUGCUGCCGCCGCUCCAGUCUCCCGUGCCGACUCUGCCCCGGCCCAGAGCCCUCUGCUGUGUCACAAGGACGAGCACGUAGACCGCCGCCCGAUCCGCGAGGACUUCACUCCACGUUUACUGGAUCACCACGACGACAUAACAUCCAAUGAUCCGCAUCCCGUGGAGUUCGACAACGCAAUUAGUUACGUGAAUAAAAUCAAAAACCGUUACCUAGAACGCCCUGAGGUUUACAAAUCCUUUCUGGAGAUUCUGCACACCUAUCAGAAGGAGCAGCUGAUUGUGAAGGAUACCAAGGGGAAACCUUACUGUGGCAUGACGGAGGAUGAAGUCUUCGCGAAGGUCGCCAAUCUGUUCCGAGGCCAGGAAGAUCUACUGACUGAGUUUGGCCAGUUUCUUCCAGAUGCCAAACGAUCUCUGUUCACUGGAAGCGCUGCGUCUGAAAGGGAUGAGAAUAGAAUGGCCGACGACGACGACUGUUCAAAACACUCGCUAAGCAAGAAGCGUUUGCGGACCUCGCUGCUGCCCCAAGUGCUUCCUCCACUCAAGAAAAAGCUGAAGUUAUCCAGUGUGAAGGAUCGGUCAUUAGCCUCAGCGGGCAAGCACGGCACCUUGCGAGAGUUCAGCUUCUUCGACAGAGUGCGUCGGAUUCUGAAGAGCCAGGAGGUGUACGAGAAUUUCUUGCGCUGCAUUGCCCUGUUCAACCAGGAGGUGGUGUCAGGCUCUGAGCUCUUGCAGCUGGUCACUCCAUUCCUGGGCAGGAAGUUUCCGGAACUCUUUGCACGCUUCAAGUCGUUCUUGGGCCAGAAGGAGCUGUCACUCACACAGCCGCUGCAGAGGGAUCGGCCGGUGGAUGGGAUCGCCCGGGAGAUCGACUAUGCGUCAUGCAAGAGAUUGGGCUCCAGCUACCGAGCUCUGCCUAAAACCUACCAGCAGCCCAAGUGCACGGGGCGUACGGCCGUCUGCAAGGAGGUUCUCAAUGAUACUUGGGUCUCAUUCCCCUCUUGGUCAGAAGAUUCCACCUUCGUGAGCUCCAAGAAGACCCCAUAUGAGGAGCAGCUUCAUCGCUGUGAGGAUGAGAGAUUUGAGCUCGACGUUGUCCUGGAAACAAACCUUGCCACGAUCCGUGUGCUGGAGAGCGUGCAGAAGAAGCUGACCCGAAUGUCGCCCGAGGAUCAGGAGAAAUAUCGCCUUGAUAAUUGUUUGGGAGGAACUUCGGAAGUCAUCCAUCGCAGAGCUAUCUAUCGCAUCUAUGGGGACAAAGCGCCGGAAAUAAUCGACGGGCUCAAGAAAAACCCAGGAACGGCUGUGCCUGUGGUGCUGAAGAGGUUGAAAGCCAAGGAAGAGGAAUGGCGGGAGGCACAGCAGGGCUUCAACAAGAUCUGGCGGGAGCAGUACGAGAAAUCGUACUUGAAGUCACUGGAUCACCAGGGAGUCAACUUCAAGCAGAACGACACCAAGGCGCUGCGCUCCAAGAGUCUGCUGAAUGAGAUUGAAAGCGUUUACGACGAGCGACAAGAGCAGAACUCUGAGGAAGGUUGCCCGGGCUUCACGGGGCCCCACCUGAUGUUCGUGUACGAGGAUAAACAAAUCAUGGAGGACGCCGCGUCCCUCAUCAUCUACCACGUGAAGCGGCAGCCCACCAUUCAGAAGGAGGACAAGGAUCACAUCAAGCGUAUCAUCUACCAUUUUGUGCCGGACUUGUUCUUCUCCCAGCGCGGGGAGCUGAGCGAGUCGGAGGACUCGACGGACGAGGAGAUGGAGAGCGACCAGCGACACAGCCAGCGCAACAGCGCGGACACGGGGCAGAAAGGAGCGACUUCCCCGGAGAGCAGUCUGGCCGAGGAGCGGGUGGACCUGCGCGACCAGGUGGCCGAAUACCAAAAGAACUUGGACGACGUCUACAACCUCUUCUUUGUGAACAACAACUGGUACUUUUUCCUGCGGCUCCACCAGAUCCUGUGCUACCGGCUGCUGCGCAUUUACAGGCAAGCGGAGAAGCAGCUGCUGGAGUACCAGGUGGAGAAGGAGAAGGAGAAACAGCUGCAGGAGGGAAGGAAGGAGAAAGCAAGUGAUCCUGCCGUCGAGCUCCGGCUCAAGCAUCAAAGUGAGAUUGAGUUGGAAGAGUAUUACCCGGCCUUUCUGGAUAUGGUGAGGAACCUGCUGGAUGGAAACAUUGAGCCGACACAGUACGAGGACACGCUGCGAGAGAUGUUCACCAUCCACGCCUACAUUGGCUUCACUGUCGAUAAACUGAUCCAGAAUAUCGUGCGGCAGCUACAGCACCUGGUGAGUGAUGACGUGUGUGUGCAGGCUGCGGAGGUGUACCUGAGCGAGAGAAAGCGAGGAGCUGCUGGCGGGGGUUUGCCCACCCAGUGUGUCCGAGCCACCUUGGAAGCAACCUACCAGCAAAAGGCAGAGCGUGCGAUGCCAGACGAAAACUGUUUUAAGAUUAUGUUUAUUCAGAGUAAGGGGCGUGUCUCCAUGACCAUCGAGCUACUCGACACGGAGGAAGCACCUUCAGACGAUCCUCUGGAACUGCAGAAUUUAACAAGUUACGUUGAGCAGUAUGCCGGUCCGGAGGCAGCCAUGCAGUUCGAGCAGACAGAUGGGUUCUUUUAUAAGCCAGUGUUUUUACCCAGAAACCUCCGAAAAUUUCGUAAGUGGCAGCAGAAGCAGUUUCUAUCCAUGAGGAAUGAAAGCAGGAACAGCAGGCAGCGCAGUCUGGGGGUUGAGAACUCCAACAGCAUCGACUGCAAGUUUAAGCUCAACACUCACAAGCUGGUGUAUGUCAUGAACUCUGAAGACUUCAUGUACCGCUGUGGAGCUCUGCACCGAGCUCGCGAGUCUCAGUGCCAGGUGGUGCGGUACCAGCACCAGCAGUUCCAGUCGUGGCACAACCGCUGGCUGCAGAGCCACGUGACGGACGAGGCAGCCGAGCUGGUGCAGGACUGGCUGAUGGGCGAGGACGACGAGGACCUGAUCCUGUGCAAGACCGUCUGCGAGACCGACACCGUCCACGACAUUCCCGUCAACAGAUACCGCGUGCAGUACAGCCCGUGCCCCCCAUCGCCGUGACACCCCCUCCUGCACUGAACCCGUGCUUGCACACUCAAAGGCUGUGGUUGCAAGUGCAUCGUGCCACGGUGGGGGCACGCCGUGCUCUCAGAUGCCGAGCUGACUGUACGGGCUGUCUGACCGACCCCCCCCCUGUGUAAGUGAACGAUCAUCACAGCACCAGUCUACACAACACAGCUAGUGUUAUCGAUGAGGAAAUGCACUUGACAUGAAUCUGCUUGUAAGAUCCUUGAACUCAUUCUCCCUUCCCCAGCCCCUCCCCCUCCCCACCCCUAUUUUGUGGUAUUUUCCCCCCUCCUGUCCCUGAUUAUACAUUGUGAUGUUGCAUGACAUACUUUUGGUUGCGCCCCAAUGCUUGCUGAUGUGUACUACUUCCCCAUGUCCCUGUAACGCAACCUAACCGCCAGAUAGCAGGACUAGGAAAAGGAAGACUGUGGUGGUCUCCAGCUACAGCCCCUCUCUCCCACCCCAAGCCCACUCGACCUUAUCUUGACAAAGAAGCAGAGGCUGUCAUGGAUUCUCCAACGGCGUUAAUAUCCGAGGCGAUCUCUCACGCAAAACAUGUACCAAGACUGCAAGGCUCGUGAAUCUUCAUCCGCGCACCCGACCUCGCCUCGGUCAGACAGACAUCCGACCGAAGGGUCCCGACCCGAGAGGGGCACCCGUCCUCUUCUGCUCCGGAGACGCUGCGUUACUCCAGCACUUUGCGUCGAAUCUUUGGCGUAAACCGGCAUCUGCGGUUCCUUCCUGCACGAGCUGCUGCUAAGGUCUGUGCCAGUGAGAGAUCAGCCGACCCCUGGAGCAUGCUUACGCCUCACCGAGCCGAUUGUACAACGUCAGGGGUCCGCAUCCCAGCGAGCUGGAGGAUCGGCAAGUUGCUGAGGCUCUUUGCAUUCAGAACUCCCUGCCAGUGACCAGUAUUAAAGGUUGGUAUAAGGUGGCUGGGUUUGCCGCAGUGUCUAAAGGGUGUUCUCUGCUGCCCUGUCCAGCUCGAAACAGAAGCAAUUCUGGUGUAAGGAAGCCACGUCCGUGAGUAUUCAAGGCUGUGCUCGUCCAAACACUUAAACCUCGGCCAAAUGGGAGCAACAUAUGACGUCCUCAUUGAAUAUAAUGCCACCUGGGCCUUUAAGCUGAACUGCCAUUAGUUCACAUUAUCCCCGGCUGGCAAAUGGACAAGUGCACCUGUCCACAAGUGUACAUGACCCCUCUGAGCUGCUUAAGGAUUGCUGAUGUUAGUCUGAAGCCUCUAGCGGGCCGAAUCCUUUAACUUCCUUUGAAGCUGCUGCCUAUGAAGUCGUAUUGAAGAUUGCUUUCGAAGCAAGUGGGGUUGGAGUGAGGAAUCAUGGAGUGGAGAUACAAAAACCAAAACACACGUGUGUUAAUAUAUUAACUGCCUGAAAUUCAGGGGAAUUUUUUUGACUAUUAUGUAAAGUUUUCAAAUUUAAGGCUUGCUUCUUUACGGAAAUAUCUCUGUUUAAAUUAGUGUCUUGCUGAGAGAUUCAAGGUGUUGAGGAUGGUGUUUUCUUUUUAAAUGUUUUGUGUGUAAGAGCAUCUUUAGAGGGAGGCUUAAAAACUGUUCUGAGAGUAUUCUGAAUUCAAGCAGUGACCCUGUUUAGUUGCAGCAUGUGCAGGCGUGGCAGGUUGAGUGAUAGAGUGAGGCCAAAUGAGGCUGACCCUUGCCAAAUUCCCCCGGGUGCCUGCUUGGCUUCUGCACUGAAGUAGUUGGGCGGGAGGUCAGAAACGGCAGAGGUGUGCGCUUCUGUCUCCAGGGAUGGAAGGAUCACCCUCUGAAACUGGAGGAAAGUACAAAAGGAGAGGAAAAGAGGGCUCACUGCCGUCAAACCUUUAGGUUUCUGUGGGUGGAGUUGUCUCCGGCCACUCCUCACUUAUCCUCGUUCACCCGCAGCUGAUGAUGAAAUAGCUGGCACAUGCCCAUCCUUCCCUCUGUAACUCAUACCCGCCACCUUGGCACGGAAGAUCAUUGGAGCUUGCCUUGGGGUGGGGAAGGGGGGAGGGGGGGGGGGGGGGCAGUAUGGUAGGGAUAGGGCGAGGGGUGAUAGGGAGGGAGUUUCCUUCUGCCAGUAAGCAAAAUACCACGAAUGCAGUACAUUGGAAGUAAGGCAGAAAAUGCUGAUAAUUAUCGGCAGAUCAGUCAGCAUCUGUGGUGAGAGGAGUAGAGGUGACGCUCACGGCACUUCAUCAGAGCUUGCUUUUAGUUUUAUUUCACCACCGCCACUCACAGGAGGGCAUAUCGGGAUGUAGCACCCACACUAGUGGACUAAACUGCCACAUGGGAGCAAUGCACUUUUAUUUUUUCUCUUUGCUUGGCCAGGCUGGAACAGAAUUUGCAUGGGACUGUUCUGGGCUGUAAAAGUUACCGGCAGUCAGCAGUAGAAUGGGUUUAUUAUUUUAUUUUAAACACCAAUACCGAUGGCUGUACUGGCUCUGUGCAGUGCUGGACCUUUGCACCUGGUAACACUCUGGCACUUUGUCCCGCUUGCAGAGCGGGAGUCACAGCACUGGGGGAUCCCGGCUAGGGGUUAGGGAGGGAGGGAGGGUGGGAGAGAGGGGGCACCCAAAUAACCUGGUUGUACGGCAAACUGGACAGGAGCACAGCUCCUCUCAUCAGCUGCCACCGGCUAUUCCCAUUAGCUGCAUUGACACCUUAAUAAUGGGUGUGUAGCGUUUGUUAUACACAACCACUUGUAUUUAUCAAAUGUUUUAAAAAG